AUGCCUCGGUCUGCGGGUGGGCGCUACCUGCCGCUGGCUAUCGGUCCACCACCGGCAGCUGCAGCAGCAGCAGCAGCAGCAGCAGACCCGCUUAGCUGCGGGGGUCCAUUAACGGGGUCUAGGCGGCUGCAGAAGGCAUUUACUUUGGAGUGUACAGGCAGCUUAGGCGGCCCUGUUAGGUGUUGCUGCUUCCUGCAACAGAAGCAACGCAGCAGCAGCAGCAGCAGCAACAAUGAUGCAGCAGCAGGAGAGUCGGAAGAGGAGCAGGAGGGUGAGGAGGAGAGUUUGGAGGCUGUGCUGCAGCGUGGCAGCAAACGGAAGCAGCAGCAGCUUCUGCUGCAGCAACAGCAACAGCAGCAGCAGCAGCAGCUGAGCAGCAGCUGUUUACUUGCCGAGGGAACGCGAGUGUUUAAAGCAGAUUUUAAUGACACUUCGCAAACCCCAAAAUUUCACUCAGCAAAAUAUCCUGUAACUGCUAUAGCUGCAAGAGAGGACGGUUUGCUGGCGGCAGUUGGCGAUGAAGGGGGGUUAUGUAGUGUGCUGUCUGUACACUCCAACCAAACCCUCCGGAGGUUUACAAACCCUCGAGAUGCAGUUGUUAGAGCCAUCAAGUUUUGUAAACCCCGCAACUCUCUCAUUACUUCUGGAGACGACACCAUAGUACGGGAGUGGUGCUUAGAGACGGGAACAUCAACAAUGGAGUUAAAGGGUCAUGCAGACAGCGUGAAGUGUCUAGACACCUCAACUAUAUUUAAUUAUUUAAUUUUAUCUGGUUCCUAUGAUGCAACAGCUAAAGUGUGGGACACACGGAGCAAGAAAUGUUGCCUCUCCCUGGCCCAAGGUGACCCAACAGAAUCCGUUCGGCUUAUUGAGGCUUCAUCAACCCUGCAGGUGUUGACUGCUGCAGGCAGCCAGGUUCGUCUAUGGGACCUCCGGCAGUCGUCGGCACCCCUUUGGAGUCUCAGCAGCUUCGCCAAGACCGUUUUUGCGGUGCAGCCGUUUCCUGCUGCUGGUGCUGCUGUUGCAGCUGCUAGUAUUGCAGCACCAGGAGCACCAGCAAUAGCAGCAGCAACACCAGCAACACAGGACGGCCCCAAGAUGCUGCUCGCUGCCGCAUCUUUAGACAACGUCGUCCGCAUCUUCUCCCUCGAGACACUACAGCUGCUGCAGUCCUUCGGCGUGCGCAGUGACAUUUUGUGCCUCGAUGCUGUUAGCGGCAUGGGCAGCAGCAGCAGCAGCAACAACAGGAAGUUCAGAAGCAUGAAGAGCCGCAUCCUCGUGGGUUUGUCUGACGGUGGUUGGCAGAUGCGGCAAAUUGGGGGUGUUGCUGCAUCAAGCACAGAGUUGCUGCUGCUGCAGCAGCAGCAACAGCAGCAGCAGCAGCAACAGCAACGCAAACGUCUGCUGCACCUCAAACCAACAGACGGCGGGUACUUCAAAAGAGGGAGAAAUGCACCACCCGGAAGCAACGACGAAGUCGUAUCGACUUUGCAAACUCGCCGCUUGUCUCGGUUGGAUGUUCUGCUGAAGAGUUUUCAGUAUACGGCAGCAAUGGAUGUUGCGCUCACUACAUCGGCGGAGCACGUAUUGGCUGUGGCAGAUGAAUUGCUGCAGCGUGGUGCAUUAGAGAACGCGUUGUCUCGUUUAUCUGUUUCUUCUUUGUGUUUUCUUUUUAAAGUAUUAGCAGAGAAUAUUGCAUUUAAAGGAGAAGAAAGAACUUUUAUUUCUUUGCAACUCCUCUCUGCUCUAUUAAAUCAAAAACAACUACAAAUCUGUACAGACACCGCAAAUGCAGAUACAUUCAAACCCCUCAUCGCUAAAAUCUGCCAACGCGUGGCCUUUGAGUUGGAGCAGAUCCGACGACUCGGGAGGACUGAAGCGAUGGUUAAUGCGCUUCUGGCCCUCUAG